GCUUAAACUUCGUCGUUGCGAAGCUGUCUCGUGCCUCGCGGCAGCGCUCACCUUCUCAUCAUCCACAGUCAUUGACGACCCGGCACUGCGCACUAUCAACGCAACUCGCACAAAUUCCACUAACUGCUGAACAGUCAGUCUGAAUCGUCCACUAAGUAACCGGGAGUCAUGGCACAAGACGAAGGCAUGAAACGGAUAGAGGAGGCAAAGCAACUAUCGAAAGAUCAGCCAGCGAAGGCCGAGCAGAUAUAUAAAGACAUCCUUUCGAAACCGCCCGGAACGAAUGACAAGGCAGUGCGUGAAUUCGAGAGUGCUUUGAUGGGCCUUGGCGAGCUGUAUCGGGAUCACAAGCGGACACAGGAUCUGGCCAACCUCAUACAGCAAACGCGCGAUGUCCUCACGAGCUUCGCGCGGGCGAAGACUGCUAAGCUUGUACGGCAACUUCUGGAUCUUUUCACGGCAAUACCAAAUACCCUUGAUACACAAGUCUCCGUCACCAAGUCAUGCAUAGACUGGGCCGUCUCGCAGCGGCAAGGCUUCCUGCGACAGAACCUCGAAGUCCGACUUGUAGGCCUGUACAUGCAGAAGCAGUCGUACUACGAUGCCCUCACCCUCAUCAACAGCCUGCUCAAAGAGCUGAAACGGCUUGACGACAAGCUUGUACUUGUCGAAGUGCAAUUGCUCGAGAGCAGAGUGUACCAUGCUUUGGGCAACGUGCCCAAAGGCCGUGCAGCUCUCACUUCCGCCCGCACAUCUGCAGCCUCCGUCUACUGCCCGCCCUUGCUACAAGCGGGUCUGGAUAUGCAGUCCGGCCAAUUGCACGCGGAAGACGGCGACUUCAACACUUCGUACUCCUACUUCAUCGAGGCUAUGGAAGGCUAUCACUCGCAAGACGAGACGGCCCGCGCCACCUCUGCUCUCCAGUACAUGCUGCUCUGCAAGAUCAUGCUUAACUUGAAGGACGAUGUCGACACGCUCAUGACUUCUAAGCAAGCUCUGAAGUAUGCCGGCAAGAACCUUGAUGCCAUGAAGGCCGUAGCUCGCGCGCACUCGAAUCGCAGUCUGGAGGAGUACGAGACCGCACUGCACAAUUACCGGUACGAGCUGGGCAGUGACCGGUUCAUCGCCUCUCACCUCCGUCGGUUGUACGACAGCAUGCUGGAGCAGAACUUGAUCAAAGUCAUUGAACCUUUCUCGAGGGUCGAGAUCAGCCACGUGGCGCAGAUGGUCGGCUUGGACGUGCAGCAAGUGGAGCGGAAAUUGAGUCAGAUGAUCCUGGAUCGGGUGAUCAUUGGCGUGCUCGAUCAGGGAAAAGGUGUUUUGAUUGUGUACGAAGAGACCGAGAGGGACAAAGGGUAUGACGCGGCGAUAGAAGCGAUUGAGAAGCUUGGGAAUGUGGUGGAUGUGCUCUACACUAAUCAAGCAAGUCUGCUUGAGUAAGCUACUGGCACCAUAUUGGUGUGAGGCGCCUAGCAAGACUGUACGAAUAAGGCAAGCAUGAUGAAGCAUAGCGUUAGCGGUAUGUAGUGCCUGCGCUUCGCCGACGGGCACAUUCAGCGCGUUUUCAGCGCUAUUGCCGACAAUACAAUUAAGACUGUUCACGCCCACUGUGGUACACUCAGUCGUCAUCAUCUGUGUAGGCUCGGGAGAAUUUGACCAGACUGCUGAAGUCCUCAAGAUCCU